GAUAUGGAUCCGAAACACUGGAUUGAUUGAUUGAUUAGGUUCUACAGAUAAACAAAGACCAUAGCCGUGCUAAAGCCCUUCUUCAGAAAGCCAGACAAUACAGAGAGAAGAAGGAGCAGGCGACCAAAGCAACAAACAGCAAUAAUAUAGAUCUUGCUAUUAGUAUUUACAAUGAAGCACUAGAGAUAGAUCCUAGAAAUAAAGGAACUAAUGCUAGAUUACUUGCUAGCAGGGCAGAACUACUAGCCAAGAUGGAAGACUAUACUGGAAGUAUAGAAGAUUGUGAAUCAGCUCUUGAACUAGACUCUACGUGCCUGGUGGCUAUGGUGCAACGGGGAAAAUGUUAUAUGGAACUGUGUAACUGGGAUCAAGCGGUCCGUGACCUAGAACGAGUGAAUAACCGCGACCGACACAACCAGGAGAACAAGAAGAAGGCCGCGGAUGCCGCCUUCAAGGCCAACAACCACGACGAGGCCUACAGGCUCUACCAGGAGGCCCUCGCUGUAGACAAACAUAAUCAGAGCUACAGGGAUCUUCUCAAUAAAGCGAAACAAGAACUCGCCAAACUCAGCAGAAAGGAUUUCUACGGUAAUAUUUAA